GACUCUGGAAAAGCUCGUUUUAUAAAUCGAAGCUCGUUUUAUAAAUCGAGCAGGCAGCGGAUUGUCACAUCCUCUUCUAUAUCUCUAAUUUUGCAGAGAUUUAAGCGAGCAUUGCUGCGCAUUUGUAUUUAGCGGGGAAUGGGGAGAAAAUCGGAGAAAAUGGCGGAGGUGGGGGCGCCAUUGUCUAAAUUUGGGGUUUUAGUGGCACAGUUAAAUUCCAUUGUUGCCUCUGCGCGACAGCAAGCGCCCGAUCCUUUACUCUGCUUCGAUCUUCUCUCAGAUCUUGUAUCCACCAUUGAAGAUGAACCCAAGGAGUCUAUUCUUUUAUGGCAAAGGAAGUGUGAAGAUGCCUUGCAAUCUCUAAUCCUAUUUGGAGCUCGUCAUCCUGUACGUCGACUUGCAUCAAUUGCUAUGGUACGGAUUAUAGAUAAGGGUGAUAAUAUAUCAGUAUAUUCACGGGCAAGUGGAUUUCAAGGUUGGCUUUCAGAUUCAAGAAAAAAUGAUCCUCUAUCUUUCAUUGGUGCUGCUCAAUGCCUGGGAAAUCUAUAUCGGUCAUAUGGGCACAAAAUCACAUCAGGAUUGGUUGAGACAAGUAACAUUGUAGUGAAACUAAUGAAGUAUCCUGAGGUUAGUGUCAGGAUUGUGGCUCUUGAGAUGCUUCAGGAUGCACUCGAAGGUUCUGCAGGGGCAGGUCCAUUUGCAGCUUACUCAGAAGCUUUCCGUACGGUUAUGCGGUUUGGUGUAACAGAUAAGUCACCAGCUGUGAGAACUGUGGCAGCUGGAUGUCUAAGAGCUUUUGCAAUUACCGGAGGGCCUGGAUUAGGAGCCAGUGGACUUGAAAAUUCCGCCUCUCUUUGUGUUAAGGCUUUGGAGGAUCCCAUUCCAUCUGUCAGAGAUGCAUUUGCAGAGGCAUUGGGAGCAUUAGUAGCCCUUGGUCUAAAUCCAGAAUCACAGGUUCAGCCAAAAGGCAAAGGGCAACCUGGUUUGGCAAGAACUUUGGAAGGAGGCUUGCAGAAGCAUUUGAUUUUGCCUUUUAUUAAAGCAACUGGACCACGACAUAAAGAUUUGCGUGUUGGUCUGACAAUGGCUUGGGUGUCAUUUCUAGAGGGAACACAUUUGAGAUAUCAACAUAGUGAUACAGAGUUGCAAAACUUUGCAUUGCAAGCCAUGGAUAUGCUCCAUGGAAAUUCGGUUAUUGAUGCACAAGCACAGGCAUGUGUACUGUAUAUUCUUCGAGUUGGUAUUGUAGAACAGAUGAGUGAACCAACUCAGAAGGAGUUUAUGAUCCUUUUGGCAAAACAGCUUUGCCUACCGGAUACAAGUCCUUCGAUGCUUGUAGUUACACUGCGGACUCUCUCCCAUUUGUUAACCACUCUGGGUGAGGUGUCAUUGGAUUCAAAGGAGAUUCUCGAUAACUCUUUGGUUGAAACACUGUCAAACUCUUCACUUCCUGUUCGUGUAGAAGCCGCAUUAACACUGCGUACUUUAGCUGAGGUGGACCCUAGUUGUGUUGGUGGUUUAAUUUCAUAUGGUGUAACAACUUUGCGUGCCUUGCGUGAGACUGUUGCAAUUGAAAAGGGUGAGAGAUUAAGACCGGAACUGGACUGUCUUCAUGGUCAAGCAGCAAUGCUGGCUUCAUUAGUAUCUGCAUCACCGAGAUUGCCUCUUGGUAUCCCGACAAGGCUGCCAUUAGCUAUCUUAGAAAUAUCUAAGAAGCUGUUACUGGAAUCUAGUCGAAACCCUGUGUCAGCUGGUGUGGAAAAGGAAGCUGGCUGGAUGCUUUUAGCUGCUGUUAUCUCAUCUAUGUCAAAAGAUGAGUUGGAAGAACAGGAAUUUGACAUUCUUGCUUUAUGGACUAUUCAUUUUGGUGGCAAUAUUGAGCACCGAUUAAAACAAGCGGAAGAAAAUUUGGAGGCAGAAGUAUGUGGCUGGUCUGCUGCGGUUGAAGCCCUAACUGCAUUUGUGAAGUACUAUGUUGUUCCUAACAGAACAUCUAAGAAUGAAGGGAUCUUAUUGCAGCCUGUUCUUGGUUAUCUUGAUGGGGCAUUAUCCUACAUUUUGUCGCUAACAAUGAAACCAUUUCAAGUCCCAAAGCAAGCCAUGGACCUCUUCACUGUUAGAACUCUAAUAGCAUAUCAAGCUCUUCCUGAUCCUUUGGCAUACAGAAGUGACCAUUCUCGAUUGCUGGGGCUUUGUACUGCCCCAUUCAGGGAAGCCUCAAGUUGUGAAGAGAGUUCAAUUUUGAGGCAGCUGCUAGAUCAUAGAGAUGCAUCUCUUGGACCUUUAACUCCUGGAAGGGAUUCGUUCGAAGAUGAGUUACGAGCAUUUGAAGGUGGUUCUGAUGGGCCUUUGCCCUGUAUAUGGGAAGAUGACCUUCCCAUUUUUCCACAACACGUGCCUUUGGGUAGACUUCUUGUGAAUCACAUGCUUUUGUGUUUUGGGAUUAUCUUUGCUGCUCAGGGAUCUAUUGGCAAACUUCAGCUUCUUGAUACUGUUGAGCAGUCUAUCAAAACUGGGAAAAAGCAGGCUUGGCAUAUAGGAAACAUUACAAAUGUUUGUGUGGGACUUCUUUCUGGUUUGAAGGCAUCAUUGGUGUCACGUGCUAUGAAAUCAGAGGCAGAAGUUCUACAACGGAUGCAAUCUGUCUUUCAGGGUAUUCUUUCAGAGGAGGGUGCUUGUAUUGCCCAGCGAAGGGCUGCUGCUGAGGGACUUGGUCUAUUAGCUCGAGUAGGAAAUGACGUCUUUGCUGCACGACUGACACGUUCACUUAUUGCAGAUGCUACUGGCGCAACUGAUUCUAAUUACAAAGAAUCUAUUUCACUUGCACUUGGAUGUAUUCAUCGAAGUGCAGGGGGGAUGUCAUUGUCAAUAUUAAUACCUAUGACAGUGCAGUCAUUGUGUAUGAUGGCAAGGGAUCCUAAGGAUUCUGUUCACAUAUGGUCUCUGCAUGGUCUUUGCCUUACAAUUGAAGCUGGGGGUCUCUCUUGUGUUCCACAUGUUCAAACAAUACUAUCUCUUGUGAUGGACAUUCUAUUAUAUGAGGAACAUCCAGGAAUUGAGCUUCGACAAAAUAUUGGCCGUUUGGUAAAUGCUAUUGUUGCUGUUUUGGGUCCAGAACUUUCUCCUGGGAGCUCAUUUUUCUCUCGUUGCAAGUCUGUCAUUCAAGAGAUAAGUUCAGGGGAAGAGCCUUCAGUACUACUUGAGUGUGUGCGAUUCAACCAGCAACUUGUACUUUUUGCUCCUCAAGCUGUUUCUGUUCACUCCCAUGUGCAAACACUGAGACCAACACUUUCAUCUAGACAGCCAACACUCCGGCAAGCUGCUGUCUCCACUCUACGACAUUUAGCUGAAAGGGAUCCGGUUGUCAUGAUUGAUGAGCGAAUAGAGGAGGAUCUCUUUUCAAUGCUUGACAUGGAAACUGAUUCAAUGAUUGGGAAAAUUGUUCGUGCAACCAUUGAUCGACUUCUUGAUGCAGCAUGCCCUUCGUUCCCUUCACGUUGGCUACAAAUAUGUCGUAAUGUGGUGCUUGCAACAUCAACCAAAAAAAGUGCUGAUAAUGGUUCUCUAGAAUCAGAAAAAACUCAUAAUCAUGAUUCCUUUGGAGAAGAUGAUGAAGGUAUGAUUGUGAACUCUAAAAAAGCAGAAGGUUCAGAAUCCAUUUCCAGUCGUUUACACAAAGUUGAUAAAGGUGAUCAACUCCCACGAUACAGGACUCGAGUAUUUGCUGCAGAAUGUUUGAGUCGGCUACCUAAUGCAGUUGGAAAGGAACAAAAUCACUUUGACCUGUUACAAGCACGAAAAGGCAAAAUGAUUCAUGGUGUACAAACUAGUGGUGAUUGGCUUGUUCUUCAUCUCGCAGAGCUGGUUGCUCUUGCAUACCAGAUCAGCACUGGCACCUUUGAGAAAAUGCGGCCACUAGGGGUAACAUUGCUGAGUACAAUAGUGGAUAAGUUUGAGAAAACAGAAGAUCCAGAACUCCCCGGGCACUUUCUGAUGGAGCAGUAUCAGGCACAACUUGUUUCUGCCGUUCGAACAGCUGUAGAUGCAUCUGCUGGCCCGAUUCUCUUGGAUGCAGGUUUUCAGCUGGCCACAAAGAUUUUGACAAGCAGCAUUGCAAGUGGGGAUCGAGUGGUACUUGAACGCAUGUUUGCUAUGAUAUCACGCCCUUUAGGUGACUUUGAAAGCCUUUACUACCCUUCAUUUGCAGAAUGGGUCAGUUGUAAGGUUAAAAUUAGACUUCUGGCUGCUCAUGCAGCCGUCAAGACAUAUGCAUAUUACUGCAUUAAAAAUGGUCUUAGCAAUACAGAAUAUUCUGCCUUAGUUCCCUUAUUUUUAAAGAACUCAACCUUCCUUGGUCGUUGUUGGAUUGGACUUCUUCAAGAUCAUGUAUUUCUGCAUACACACAUACUCUCAAAGAGAAAGUACAAGCCAUUUCUUGACGGUAUUCAAUCGGCAGCCAUUUCAUCAGUUGUGCAUCCAUAUUUAAGUGAAAUCUGGCCAGUAAUUCUUCAAGCUGCCACCUUGGAUGCAGCCCCAGCAAAAUUUGAGCAUGAAAUGGCCCCUGUCAUGUACGCCUCUGGUCAUGUAAUGGUUAAAUUAGAAACAAGAGAUUUCUAUUUGCUUUGGGGACUUGCAAUGCUGAUUCUGUUUGAGGGACGGCAUGAAGCAAAAAAUGAAAAAUUGAAGCAAUUCUCCAGCUCCUGCACCUACAGCGUGAACGGAAAACUAGCUGCAGAAAUACCUCCACCCAUGAGCUCACAAUUAGUUGCCUUGUAUGCACUUCAAUGCCUGUCAAACCAAGGAUUUUACAAUCAAGAAAUGGUUUCCCACAAACUUUGCUUGGAGCUCUUGCAGAUACUUAUGUACCCUGGUUAUAUCAACUCUCCUCAGACCAUCACUUUGGUCUCAUCAAUUCUAGAACAGGUUAUUGAAUUUUCUCCAGAUGAAUACUUCAUGGAUGAAAGCUUUGUUUUUACAAUAACUGAACUGUGUAUGCACUGCAUGCAUAAAUUAUUUGGAAGUGAUGAAUCCAAUUUUCCAAGAUACAGUGAUCUAAUUGCCUCAUCAUUACAAAUAUCUGAGAGACUUAUUUGCCGGCUAAGCUCUAAGAUGCAGACACAAGUGGCAUCAACUGUGUUCUAUGCAAGCUAUGGAUAUGUUCUUCUAGCUCCAAUGGGAUCGUCCAUCUCCAUGGUUGCUGCAUUUAUAGGAGAUAUUGCAGCUCAAUUGGCAACACAGUGUACUGAUGAAAGCUGCUUGGAUGAAAAUAGCAGGGACCAGAUAGAAAUUCUUUUAGGGUCUUUGGUGCAAACCAUUGCACAAGAUUGUGAACAGCACUUUGAAAAGCUUCACAGACAAGAAACCAGUGAAGCAUCCAAGGACCUCUUUGAGAAAUUAACUCUGUUGCUUGGAAUAAUGAUAAAUUUGACAAGAUCAGUUCUACUUGUAAAGAUUUCUGCAGAUGAACACAACAUCAAAGAAAAUAUUUGGAGUGCUGUAAAGAAGCCUUGCAUCAAUUGUCUUCGUAAAACCCUUGUAGAUUCAAAUGUGCAGGUUCAGAUGGCUGGAUUGCAUGCAUUGAGAACAAUCCUGCAAACAGCUGUUGCAGAGAAUCCCAAAAAUAACAACUACACAGUAGCUCUUAUUGUCAUGGGAGACCUUGCUAGUGAUGUUUUCUCACUAAUUCAAAAUUCAACACAGCUGCAGAAAUUAAUGACAAAUGAGCUAGCGUCAUCUGUUGGUGAAAGUUUAAAACUUUUUCUUCUUCUAUACACUUUAAUAGAAGCCAGUGAGUCCCAACAAGAUGUCCUUAAUUUGCUUUUACAAGCAAUAAUUAUGGCCGUCUCUUUAGAUUCUGAAGAAAAUUUGCAGGCAAGUACUGGGUUGAGAAGUGUGGCAAUGAAGCUUGUAUCACAUCUUGCCAAUGUUCCAUCAUCUGCUACACAAUUCAGAGCUGUUUUGCAAGGAAUGCCAGUUGAUAUAAGACAAAAACUUCAGGAUAUUAUUCGAGCUUCAGUUGCUCAAGAGACCAAGUCAAGUUUGGCAAUUAGUCUGCCUGUUCCAUUGACUGUACCAAAACUGGUUGUCCAGUCAUCAGCAGCUAAAUCAGAGAUGCCUUCACAGCCAGACUCUAUCAUGUCCAUCUCCCCUAGGGUAAAAUCGGAUGAUGGUCUGGAUGGUGUGGAAGAUGACGACUGGGACAAUUUUCAGUCUUUUCCAGUCUCCACCACGGUAAUUUCUGAAGACACAGUUCAAUAUGAAUCAGCUUCAGGAGAUUUGUCCAAACAGGGAACUGAUUUCCCAGCUGAAGACUGGGAUGAUUUUCAAUCUUUUUCUGAAACUCGGUCGGUUAUAGAUUCAACUAUCAUCAGGGAAAACAUAGAAGAUGGACAUGUAAAUUCACUCUCUGGAGCUUUUGAAGAACAUUUAUCACAACAGAAGCGAACUAUACAGAAAGAGAAUUUGCAAGAAGAUGAUUUAAAUAAAUUCAGUGAAGAUGGCAGUCAUGAGGAUGAUGCUGAGUCUUAACUGGAUCUUUCUACAUCCCAUUGCUGAUGCUGAAACAAUUGAUGACCUACAUAUUAUCUUUAACAGUCCAGUUCAUAUGGGCUGACAGAAGCAGAACCUGAAAAAUCAAAAUCCUUCUAUUUCAGGCUUUUCAAGUAUUUUCACAAAUUUAGGGAUCUGGGAUUCCUACAUCAGAAACAGAGGAACCUCAUGAAUGUGUUUCAAAACUUUUUGAUUAGUAUUGUUUGUGGCUGAGGAGACAGAUUAAUCACAAUGUUAGUCAUGCUUUGAUCAAAACGAAUUCCUCACCAAAAAAACUAAAUAUAAAUGGUGUACCAGAAAUGAAGGACAUGUGAGGUAUCAUUCUGUAACUCUAACUAAUAAAUAUUUCAACAUUUGCAAAAUUGUAUUAAGUAUAGCUUGCCCACUAAUAUGCUGGACUGAAUUAAGCAGCAGGUAAGGGGAACUAUAGCAUUGGGCGACCCCUUUGAGGUGGCAUGUGAGGACAUGUAUGAUAGAGUAGUAGCAAAUGAAGAGCUAUGAGAAUUGUUUGCCAUGCCGAUGAUACAAUAGAGGGCAGCAUGCCAUACCUGACCUUCCCAAGGAUCCCUGUCAAGAUCAACUCUCACUAAAUUUUUGUAUUAGUAUAGGCAUAUUUUUCACUUUAGGGUUGAGUUACAUUUUAAAUUUCUCUAUCCCUUGACAUGAUCAAGCCAGGUGAUUUGGCUAUACGGAUAGCAGAUGGCAUUGUAUUUUUAUAAAAGUUGUAGUCAUUCUGAAAUUUGUUGUCAUUCUUAGUUGGAGUCAAAGUCCUGUUUUUUAAAACUGUAUAUAUUUGCCACUAUUAAUUGAUAUCAUUUGUUAAUUCAUUUAUUUAUUAAGUUGACGAA